CCUCACGGGGACUCCUUUUCGCCUCCGCGCGGUGAUUGGGUGGAAGAUGGCGCUGGGCGAAUGGAAAUCCUAAUGACAGUUUCCAAAUUUGCCUCUUUUUGUACCAUGGGCGCCAAUGCCUCCGCUUUGGAGAAAGAGAUUGGCUCGGAGCAGUUCCCUGUCAACGAGCAUUACUUCGGAUUGGUCAACUUUGGAAACACCUGCUACUGUAACUCUGUACUCCAAGCUUUGUACUUCUGCCGGCCGUUCCGGGAGAAGAUCCUCGCGUACAGGAGCCAGCCGCGCCGGAAGGAGAACCUGCUCACCUGCCUGGCCGACCUGUUCCACAGUAUAGCCAACCAGAAGAGGAAAGUUGGCGUGAUACCCCCGAAGAAGUUCAUUACACGACUACGGAAAGAGAAUGAACUGUUUGAUAACUACAUGCAACAAGACGCACAUGAGUUUCUCAACUACCUGCUGAACACUAUAGCAGACUUGCUACAAGAAGAGCGCAAGCAAGACAAGCAGAAUGGCAAACUGGCCAAUGGCACACUUGACUCACAGAACAAUAACAGCACCCCAUCCUCCUCCACCUGGGUUCAUGAGAUCUUCCAGGGCACGCUGACCAACGAGACACGAUGCCUAACCUGCGAGACGAUAAGCAGCAAAGAUGAGGAUUUCUUGGAUUUGUCAGUGGACGUGGAGCAGAACACUUCAAUCACACACUGUCUCAGAGGUUUCAGUAAUACAGAGACCUUGUGCAGUGAGUAUAAAUAUUACUGUGAGGAAUGCAGAAGUAAACAGGAGGCACACAAAAGAAUGCGGGUUAAGAAACUUCCCAUGAUCCUCGCCUUGCACUUGAAGAGAUUUAAAUACAUGGAGCAGCUGCAGCGCUACACUAAGCUAAGCUACCGCGUGGUCUUCCCUCUGGAGCUCCGCCUCUUUAACACCUCUGGCGACGCCACCAAUCCCGAGAGGCUUUACGACCUGGUCGCUGUGGUGGUGCAUUGUGGCAGUGGUCCAAACCGAGGACACUACAUCGCAAUUGUAAAGAGUCAUGAUUUCUGGCUACUGUUUGAUGACGACAUCGUAGAGAAAAUCGAUGCCCAGGCAAUUGAAGAAUUCUACGGAUUAACCUCUGAAAUUUCCAAGAACUCUGAGUCCGGGUACAUCCUGUUUUACCAGUCCAGAGACUGAGAGAGGCCAGAGCGGCGUCCCCUUAUGGACACCUGUGCAGCAGGCGUGCCUGUGCAGAACCCUGCUGCAUCACACACACACACAUACACACACACACACACCCCACCCCUCCCUCGCCAGUCUCCGCGCAGCCGUAACGCUGGACGCCAUGCAGUCGCAAGGCCUUUUGAACGUUGUGUGUCAGUUGUAUUUACGUUGUGGGAGCGUUUCAUCACUCGUGUUCAGUCCUUUACUGUGGAGAGAAUGUGUUUUAAUGUAACCGACUGUAUGAUAUGCGUUCGACUUUCAUGCUGCGACCUUUUGAUUCCUGUGGCUGUGAGGAGGCUGAAGACUUGUGCAUGGGGAAAGCGGGUGUGUUGUUAUUAUAAUGACGGGGAGGGUCUACAAGCUCUGGAUACGGGGCAUUUCGGGUUAUGUAUUUCUACCUUGUACAGAGUGAUAUUUGUAUAAAUAUUAUGAGAAUUAUAAUAAUAUUACUGAUAUAGCCAAAAAAAUGAGAAUAGAACCAGAAAAGAUGUAUAACACUAUGGUGCACUUUUGAUACAGUUUUGUAGAUGUUGGAAGGUUAAUGUGAGGGUUUGCUUGAGACGGCCUGUUGUGAAAUUAUCAUUUUCUGUUUUAAAGAAAAAGAAAUAAAAGUGUAUACACCAAGAUAGGAUGUAUGCAUGUAAGCAUGUAAAUACCAGCUAUUACCAGCCUGCUGCGAUUUGAUUGGACCCCCGGUACACACAACCAAGGCUUGCCCAGCGCUGAUGACUCAUUCUCGGUCACUAUUGCCCCUCGGUGGCCGGUCCAGAUCACUGCAAGAUGGAGAACGGCACAGCAUCAUUCCUUUCAUCCGACCGCUCUUCUGUGUGUUGUUUUGCUAUUAUUCGGUCUGUUUGCCAUGCUAAAAAUGAGGUUGAUGCUUGAUUCUUUCAAAUUUGUAUAAAGCAUUACAUAUAUUUAUUAGCGCUUAACAGCAAUUCCUUUGAGGCCCAUACCGAGCGGAUUUUAUCAGGCAUUGUCACUGACUGUGCAGCUUAGUCUAUGAGGAGGUGUGAGUCUGUCUGAAAUAGCACAGACUGAAAAGAGGCAUGGGGACGAAGGCUGCACGGGGUUAGAGAAUGGAGGAGAGAGGGAAGAUAGUGGGGGAAGUGGGUGACACAGAUGAGCAUGCUGUUAAUAGCGCGCGCCGAGAAUAGCUCUCACAGGGGAGCAACACAAUGUGCAUCUUUGCAGAAAGAUGCAGUCUGAAUGUCAGAUGCUAGAUAAAUGGGUCUCAUCCUACAGACACGUUUUAAUACCUGGGUCGUUCGAAAUAGGUGCCUUUACCAUUUUGAAAAUAUUUUUUUAAACAUUUUAUUAGACAAACAAUGCCAAUAUAUUGCAUUUUACCAUGGCAAGCUAAAUUCAAACAUUGUAAUACAUGUGUUUGCAUAUGUCGGCGUUCAAAAGAGUAACAUUGUUAAGUUUGUUUUACAUUUUAUUUAGCCAGUAAUCUUUUGCUCAUGACGUGUUUUAAAGAAAGAGAAUCUAAUUGUAAUUUGUCUAAUUUUUUUUUUUUAUAAUUUUCAAUAAUUAAAAUAUGCAUUCCCUAUACUGAAAAACCUGACAGAAUAUGAAACUAUAAUAUAAUAUGAAUAUUUUCACAGAAAAGCUUAAUCUUAGUCCCAUCAUGUUUGCGAUGUUUUAACUGAAAGCAACUUGCACUGACAUACCUUAAAAUAUGUCAUGCCAUUGUUUUGUCUCAAGAAAGAUGCACAUCAGUAAUGUUUUUUUUUUUCUAAGUCACAUUUAUAAAAGCUAUACUUAAAUGUCCUAAUUGAACUAAGUCUAAUCCUGGCAUAAUCUAAACCCUGUCUGUGAAACCAGGCCUGUGUCAUUAAAAAGAGAAACACCUUUAAGAGUU